GAGUGUGCAGAGCUGGGAGCUCAGAACCAGGAGCUCGGGGAAGAGACGGUGAUGUUCGACCAGUUCAGAAGCUCUCCGGGUUCCAAAAUGACCCAUUUGUGGAUGUUAAGGCUGGCAGCUGGACUGCUCAUGCUGAGCCUGGUGGCCGGGUCGAAGUGUCCUGAUCAGCAGCGCUGUGGAGACGAGCAGACGUGUUGCCAGAUUCAUUCUGGAGAAUUCAACUGCUGUCCCUUUCAUCAGGGUGAGUGCUGUGAAGACCACUUACACUGCUGCCCCGAGGGCAUGUUGUGUGAAGUGAAAGAAUCCAGAUGCACAAACGCUACACACUCGUUCCCAUGGGUCGAGAGAUUUCCUUCCAAACAUGCCGGCUUCAUCAAAUCAUUCAGAAUGAUCAGCUCCUCUGCUGCUAAUAAUAUGUAUGACACCGUCUGCCCGGAUAAUUCAUUCUGCCCGUCGGAGUUCUCCUGCCUGAAAGUGUCCAGCACGUACGGCUGCUGUCCUGUAACGCAAGGCAUCAUGUGCUCAGAUGGGAAACACUGUUGUCCGAAUGACCAAGAGUGCACCGCUGACAGCACUUCCUGUGUGAAAAAGACAGAACCAGUUCUUGCGGUUUUGUGUGCUGAUGGCAUAUCCGAGUGCCCGCUGGAGACUUCAUGCUGUGAGACUGCAGAUGGAGGAUGGGGGUGUUGCCCAAUGCCCAGGGCCGUGUGCUGUGAUGAUAAAGUGCACUGCUGUCCAGAAGACAGCGUUUGUGACGUAAACAACGCCAAGUGUGUGUCUUCCACCAAUCACGAACUUCCCAUGUGGGCCAAGUUUCCUGCUCGCCAGAGGGCUGCCUGGGAGGACCGCAAAUACUCUGACAUUCCCUGUGAUGAGACUGUGGCCUGUCCUGAUGGAAGCACGUGCUGUAAGGAUAAACAGGGAGAAUGGGACUGUUGCCCUGUGCCUCAGGCGGUGUGUUGUGAGGACUUUAUCCACUGCUGUCCUCAUGGGAAAAAGUGUAACCUCGCUGCUGGGUCAUGUGACGACCCGUCAGGUUCAGUGCCCUGGCUGAAGAAGGAGCCGAGCCGACCAAUCGGUGGACAGAAGCUUCUAGAAACCAAAGUUUCUGAUGUUCCCUGUGACGACACUGUGGCUUGUCCUGAUGGAACCACAUGCUGUAAGAACGAACAGGGAGGAUGGGGCUGCUGCCCUAUGCCUCAGGCGGUGUGUUGUGAUUUUGAAGAAAAUAUCGCGGUGUGUUGUGAGGACUUUAUCCACUGCUGUCCUCAUGGGAAAAAGUGUAACCUCGCUGCUGGGUCAUGUGACGACCCGUCAGGUUCAGUGCCCUGGCUGAAGAAGGAGCCGAGCCGACCAAUCGGUGGACAGAAGCUUCUAGAAACCAAAGUUUCUGAUGUUCCCUGUGACGACACUGUGGCUUGUCCUGAUGGAACCACAUGCUGUAAGAACGAACAGGGAGGAUGGGGCUGCUGCCCUAUGCCUCAGGCGGUGUGUUGUGAGGACUUUAUCCACUGCUGUCCUCAUGGGAAAAAGUGUAACCUCGCUGCUGGGUCAUGUGACGACCCGUCAGGUUCAGUGCCCUGGCUGAAGAAGGAGCCGAGCCGACCAAUCGGUGGACAGAAGCUUCUAGAAACCAAAGUUUCUGAUGUUCCCUGUGACGACACUGUGGCUUGUCCUGAUGGAACCACAUGCUGUAAGAACGAACAGGGAGGAUGGGGCUGCUGCCCUAUGCCUCAGGCGGUGUGUUGUGAGGACUUUAUCCACUGCUGUCCUCAUGGGAAAAAGUGUAACCUCGCUGCUGGGUCAUGUGACGACCCGUCAGGUUCAGUGCCCUGGCUGAAGAAGGAGCCGAGCCGACCAAUCGGUGGACAGAAGCUUCUAGAAACCAAAGUUUCUGAUGUUCCCUGUGACGACACUGUGGCUUGUCCUGAUGGAACCACAUGCUUGAAAUAUGAAGUUUAUAAUAAUGUUGUUCCUUUGCAGGCGGUGUGUUGUGAGGACUUUAUCCACUGCUGUCCUCAUGGGAAAAAGUGUAACCUCGCUGCUGGGUCAUGUGACGACCCGUCAGGUUCAGUGCCCUGGCUGAAGAAGGAGCCGAGCCGACCAAUCGGUGGACAGAAGCUUCUAGAAACCAAAGUUUCUGAUGUUCCCUGUGACGACACUGUGGCUUGUCCUGAUGGAACCACAUGCUGUAAGAACGAACAGGGAGGAUGGGGCUGCUGCCCUAUGCCUCAGGCGGUGUGUUGUGAGGACUUUAUCCACUGCUGUCCUCAUGGGAAAAAGUGUAACCUCGCUGCUGGGUCAUGUGACGACCCGUCAGGUUCAGUGCCCUGGCUGAAGAAGGAGCCGAGCCGACCAAUCGUUUCUGAUGUUCCCUGUGACGACACUGUGGCUUGUCCUGAUGGAACCACAUGCUGUAAGAACGAACAGGGAGGAUGGGGCUGCUGCCCUAUGCCUCAGGCGGUGUGUUGUGAGGACUUUAUCCACUGCUGUCCUCAUGGGAAAAAGUGUAACCUCGCUGCUGGGUCAUGUGACGACCCGUCAGGUUCAGUGCCCUGGCUGAAGAAGGAGCCGAGCCGACCAAUCGGUGGACAGAAGCUUCUAGAAACCAAAGUUUCUGAUGUUCCCUGUGACGACACUGUGGCUUGUCCUGAUGGAACCACAUGCUGUAAGAACGAACAGGGAGGAUGGGGCUGCUGCCCUAUGCCUCAGGCGGUGUGUUGUGAGGACUUUAUCCACUGCUGUCCUCAUGGGAAAAAGUGUAACCUCGCUGCUGGGUCAUGUGACGACCCGUCAGGUUCAGUGCCCUGGCUGAAGAAGGAGCCGAGCCGACCAAUCGGUGGACAGAAGCUUCUAGAAACCAAAGUUUCUGAUGUUCCCUGUGACGACACUGUGGCUUGUCCUGAUGGAACCACAUGCUGUAAGAACGAACAGGGAGGAUGGGGCUGCUGCCCUAUGCCUCAGGCGGUGUGUUGUGAGGACUUUAUCCACUGCUGUCCUCAUGGGAAAAAGUGUAACCUCGCUGCUGGGUCAUGUGACGACCCGUCAGGUUCAGUGCCCUGGCUGAAGAAGGAGCCGAGCCGACCAAUCGGUGGACAGAAGCUUCUAGAAACCAAAGUUUCUGAUGUUCCCUGUGACGACACUGUGGCUUGUCCUGAUGGAACCACAUGCUGUAAGAACGAACAGGGAGGAUGGGGCUGCUGCCCUAUGCCUCAGGCGGUGUGUUGUGAGGACUUUAUCCACUGCUGUCCUCAUGGGAAAAAGUGUAACCUCGCUGCUGGGUCAUGUGACGACCCGUCAGGUUCAGUGCCCUGGCUGAAGAAGGAGCCGAGCCGACCAAUCGGUGGACAGAAGCUUCUAGAAACCAAAGUUUCUGAUGUUCCCUGUGACGACACUGUGGCUUGUCCUGAUGGAACCACAUGCUUGAAAUAUGAAGUUUAUAAUAAUGUUGUUCCUUUGCAGGCGGUGUGUUGUGAGGACUUUAUCCACUGCUGUCCUCAUGGGAAAAAGUGUAACCUCGCUGCUGGGUCAUGUGACGACCCGUCAGGUUCAGUGCCCUGGCUGAAGAAGGAGCCGAGCCGACCAAUCGGUGGACAGAAGCUUCUAGAAACCAAAGUUUCUGAUGUUCCCUGUGACGACACUGUGGCUUGUCCUGAUGGAACCACAUGCUGUAAGAACGAACAGGGAGGAUGGGGCUGCUGCCCUAUGCCUCAGGCGGUGUGUUGUGAGGACUUUAUCCACUGCUGUCCUCAUGGGAAAAAGUGUAACCUCGCUGCUGGGUCAUGUGACGACCCGUCAGGUUCAGUGCCCUGGCUGAAGAAGGAGCCGAGCCGACCAAUCGGUGGACAGAAGCUUCUAGAAACCAAAGUUUCUGAUGUUCCCUGUGACGACACUGUGGCUUGUCCUGAUGGAACCACAUGCUGUAAGAACGAACAGGGAGGAUGGGGCUGCUGCCCUAUGCCUCAGGCGGUGUGUUGUGAGGACUUUAUCCACUGCUGUCCUCAUGGGAAAAAGUGUAACCUCGCUGCUGGGUCAUGUGACGACCCGUCAGGUUCAGUGCCCUGGCUGAAGAAGGAGCCGAGCCGACCAAUCGGUGGACAGAAGCUUCUAGAAACCAAAGUUUCUGAUGUUCCCUGUGACGACACUGUGGCUUGUCCUGAUGGAACCACAUGCUGUAAGAACGAACAGGGAGGAUGGGGCUGCUGCCCUAUGCCUCAGGCGGUGUGUUGUGAGGACUUUAUCCACUGCUGUCCUCAUGGGAAAAAGUGUAACCUCGCUGCUGGGUCAUGUGACGACCCGUCAGGUUCAGUGCCCUGGCUGAAGAAGGAGCCGAGCCGACCAAUCGGUGGACAGAAGCUUCUAGAAACCAAAGUUUCUGAUGUUCCCUGUGACGACACUGUGGCUUGUCCUGAUGGAACCACAUGCUGUAAGAACGAACAGGGAGGAUGGGGCUGCUGCCCUAUGCCUCAGGCGGUGUGUUGUGAGGACUUUAUCCACUGCUGUCCUCAUGGGAAAAAGUGUAACCUCGCUGCUGGGUCAUGUGACGACCCGUCAGGUUCAGUGCCCUGGCUGAAGAAGGAGCCGAGCCGACCAAUCGGUGGACAGAAGCUUCUAGAAACCAAAGUUUCUGAUGUUCCCUGUGACGACACUGUGGCUUGUCCUGAUGGAACCACAUGCUGUAAGAACGAACAGGGAGGAUGGGGCUGCUGCCCUAUGCCUCAGAGGCUUAAACUCGGCAAGACUAAAGCUGAAUUUAAUGAAGUUUAUAAUAAUGUUGUUCCUUUGCAGGCGGUGUGUUGUGAGGACUUUAUCCACUGCUGUCCUCAUGGGAAAAAGUGUAACCUCGCUGCUGGGUCAUGUGACGACCCGUCAGGUUCAGUGCCCUGGCUGAAGAAGGAGCCGAGCCGACCAAUCGGUGGACAGAAGCUUCUAGAAACCAAAGUUUCUGAUGUUCCCUGUGACGACACUGUGGCUUGUCCUGAUGGAACCACAUGCUGUAAGAACGAACAGGGAGGAUGGGGCUGCUGCCCUAUGCCUCAGGCGGUGUGUUGUGAGGACUUUAUCCACUGCUGUCCUCAUGGGAAAAAGUGUAACCUCGCUGCUGGGUCAUGUGACGACCCGUCAGGUUCAGUGCCCUGGCUGAAGAAGGAGCCGAGCCGACCAAUCCGAGAUAAUGUUCCAAAAGACUCUGUUGUUCCCUGUAAUGACACUGUGGCCUGUGAUGAUGGGACCACGUGCUGUAAGAACCAACAGGGAGGAUGGAGCUGCUGUCCACUUCCUCAGGCGGUGUGUUGUGAGGACUUUAUCCACUGCUGUCCUCAUGGGAAAGAGUGUAACCUCGCUGCUGGGUCAUGUGACGACCCGUCAGGUUCAGUGCCCUGGCUGAAGAAGGAGCCGAGCCGACCAACUGCAGCAACAACUCAAAAUACAUCAGUAAACGGAGUUUUAGUACAGUGUGACCCUCACGUGUCCUGUCCUGAUCACACCACCUGCUGCUUCAUGAAGAAGAGCCAGAAAUGGGGCUGCUGUCCUCUGGCCCAGGCUACAUGCUGUGCGGACGGAGAGAACUGCUGUCCGAAAGGCUACACCUGCCAUGACCAGUGUUGCGUGAAAAGCUCCUGGAUGAAGGUCGACUCUGUGCCUUUAACCUCCGUCAGGGACACGGCGAUGCCGCAGAUCCAAACUGACAUCGACUGCGGAGGAGGGUUCAGCUGCAAAGACACGGAAACCUGCUGCAGGACGUCAGAGAGCUCCUGGGGCUGCUGCCCAGCUCCGAAGGCUGUGUGUUGCAGUGAUAUGCUGCAUUGCUGUCCCGCUGGAUACACCUGUGAUGAGUCCGGCUCCUGCACUCCAGCGUUGGGCUUCGACUGGGAGGUGUUCUUCUCCAGGAAGAAACGAGCUCGCGCUGUAUAACCACACACACACACACACACACACACACACACACUGACCUUGUCCUACUGAGCGACAUCACACUUCGAACUAGAAUAUAGGUCACACGCAUGUUACACUAAUCAGGUUUUAUAUUUUAGUAAUACAUGGUGAUUUUAUUUUGAAUAGAAAAUGAAUUGAUGCUAAUCAGAAGGGCUGAGUAUCAUCCUGAAGAUCAUCCUGUUUACAUUCAUUAAUCAAUCUCCAAUCCUGCGUUCCAGUACUGAUUUUACACCUCUAUACACUUCCCCUGUCCACCUAGAAGUUAACUAUCAGCAAGGGGCCACUUGCAGCACAAGGGGAUGACUAUAACUGACAUUUUCCACAAUCUCUGACAAGCAGAGAGUAGCUGAAGCGAUGUCCUUGAAUAUUUGUGUGGUCUAUUUCCUUUAAACCAUGUAACAAAUCUAAAUAAAUGCCAUGUAACAGCUAGCUAGCAUCUUAGCCUGUCAAACAGAAAGGAGAAAAACGUCGUUAAAAAUGUUGUAGAUGUUUUUGAGACCUUAAGUAUUUCCUGACAUCAGAUGAGAUGUGUGUGAUGGAAGAGUGAUGAUGACAAAACAACAAAUAUUCCAGCUGUGUACACGCUUACUAGCUAGCAUACAACUAAAACUGCUUAUUGUAGCGCUUGCUAACAAGCUAGCAGAAUAUCAGCAUUGUUAUUUACAAUAAUAAUUAGGUGAUGUUUCAUUCUUCCUCUUUACUGUUGUAGAUGUUAACCAAUAUUUGAUUUUUUUUUUUUUAAAUCCUAUAUUUAUGUCUAUUUAAACAUACAGGCUAACACUAGCAGUAUCACACAUUGUAUUUUCCAAAGACCAUACUAGUGUACUAAAUAGCAUGUAGUAUUUAAUAUAGUUGUUUAUAUUGCAGCUCUGGAACCAGACAUGAACAAAAAAGGGAAAGAAAUCUCAUUUUCCGAAGGAAGACCUCAGAUUUUUGGUCAGCUUAAUGAUUUCGGAUACAUCCUGUAGCUAGCUAUGUAGUAUGAAAUCGUAUGAAGUCAACACCAAUUUUAAUUUAAUAAACAUUACUGACAAUAAUAAAUCUAAUCUAGAAAGCAUGCUAAGCUAAUUAGUUAGCCAAUUCUAGCUAACUGGUGAGAGGCUUGUUAUGGUUGUGUGAUUAUUGUAAUGUAAUAUUUAUCACCUCCUGUGUUUAAAGGUUCUUAUUUAUUGCUCCUGCUUACAGGCAAAAGUAACGUAGCGUCCUCCUCUAAUGCUAGUUUUAUUAAAAAUAAAUCACUUCAGACUGAGCGCAUUCCGCCUGAGUGUUUCUUCUGAAGUCUGUUAUCUAACAAACUUCACUCGAGUUGAUAAACUGGGAUAAAGUGACCUCGAGAGUGUGACAGGGAUGCAUUAAGAGGUCACCGAGGAAAAAUCAGCACUGGAACAGCAUAAGUUUUGUUCAGAAAUCACUUUAAAAAUGAAAAUCCAUUUCUGUUUUGUGAGGAGAUUUUUAUUUGUCGUUUCUUGCCUAAGGACAUGGACUAGGUAAAACUGUUUUAAAUAGCAAAGACAUUUACAAAUACUUCUUCUGUGACUCCUUGAUUAUAACAGCUGUAUUUUUCACCCUUUAAACAUCUGCAGCUUAUUUUCAGAGAUAUUACAUCACUAUGUUUGAACAUCAAGACGACUUUUUAUGUUGUGUGAACUAUGAUGUAUUGUCCAAAACGUCCAAGACGUCUGUGAGAAACUUUCUUGAGAGCUUUACUGAGAUCAAUAAAAGUGAUUUCCUUGAAAAA